AUGCUCGUUCUCAGCCUGAAUACAACGAGAGCCAUAUUAUCACAGCACUCAGGAUUGAGCAGGGCCCUGCAGGGCAGUACCUGGUGCCAGACCCCGAGGAGCUGCGGUACGCCAGGCACUGUGUGGUGUAUGACUGUGAGACCAGCUCCUUGGUGAGCUGUGACAGGGAGGAAGAGGAGGAAGAUGAAGAUGCUGAGGAAGGACCUGCUGCCCAACAUGCCAGACACUUGGAGCAGUUCACCCGCCACCCUGUGCUCGUCCUGAGGGGAGGGUACAAGCAUUUUUCAGCUUGCUAUCAUUUUCUGAGGACUCAGAAGAUAUUGUGGAUGCCUCAGGAACUGGACAACUUCCAGCCAUACCCUGUAGAAAUACUGCCUUUAAAGUUGUAUAUGGGCGAUUUCAAGCAGGCCUCUGACCAACAGAUUCAGAAAGAUCUGAAGAUCAAAGCACUAGUCAACAUCUCUGAAGAACCUGCAACGCUGUUUGCAGAAGAAGGCAAAUACCUCCAUAUACCUGUUCCAGAUUCCCUCGAGGCAGAUCUUUUUUCUUCCUUUGCCACCAUUUGUCAUUUCAUAG